AUGAACACUCCCAACUUCGCGCAACCGUUCUUUUUGGAACUAGAUGCCUGCGACUAUGGAUUAGGUGCAGUGCUACUUCAGGAAUACGCUGAGAAGAAAUUUGUCAUCGCUUACGCUAGUCGGACUUUGUCAGCUGCGGAACGCAAAUAUGGUGCCACAGAAAAAGAAGCCUUGGCAAUUGUUUGGGCGACCAAACAUUUCCGGCAGUACAUUGAGGGAGUUCCAUUAACAAUACGUUCCGACUGCAAAGCACUUCAGUGGCUAAAAGAAGCCAAGGACCCGUAUGGACGUUUAGCCCGAUGGACAAUGCAACUAGCUGCUUUUUCUACGAAAAUUGUUUCGCCUAUACUUUUUUCCUAG